GAUUUGCCGGGUCACCGCAAGACUAUCAGCGAUAGGAGUAGCACUGCGGGCACUUCGGGCCGACCGAGUCGGUCAUCUACGCACGAGCAGCCUGUUGUAGACGCCUUGCAUACAGAUGGUGGGGAUCAUCGGUCGUCCACUUCUUCCGCCCCGAAAUUUUCACCAUCCGGAGAGCAGGAGACGGAUCAACCAUCGUCGGCGUUCCAGUUCCACGGGUUUACGGAGCCAAUUGAGGAGGAGCGGGAAGAUGAGUUGGAAUCCGAAUCGCAAUCGACAGUCGGCUCACGUUCUGUAGACCCCGGGGCCAAUGUUGCAGGGGAAAAUGCUGAUACAAGACAGCCUAAGCAAAGGGCGCGUACGGAUUCUGUUGACACGAAAGAAGAUGAAUGA